AUGAGAUUCUCCUCCUUCCUCUUUGGAGCUCUGGCUUUUGCCGUUUCUGGCGUCUAUGCCUCCUCGGCCUCCCAAAAUGAAGAUACGGACCUUUACUGCUUACAAGGUAGCUGUGAAGAUGCCACCCCGAAGGAUUGCUCAGUCCUCGGAGAUAAUUGGGUCUCAACUCCCGCAUUCGAUGAUGAUGGAAACAUUCUCUGCUACCAAUGCUGUCAAGAGGAGGAGGAAGAUUAG